AUGGGAAGCAUUAAGGACUGGAUCCGACGGAAAUUGAAGUCGAAGAGGAAGUCGGAAAGCAAGGCAAAGGAACCAAUGCGCGAUCCUUUGCCGUUUCUUCCUCCAUAUUGCCCCAGAACCCCAACGCCAUCGCCAUCUUGUCAGGGCUCGAAGUCGGCAACCUCGCUGCUGCUUGAUAAUUACGGUCUUUUUGGGCGUCUGCCCUACGAGUUGCGCCGAGAGAUUCUUAUUGCAGCAUUUGGUGGGAGGACCUUGCAUGUUGGCCUGACGUUUGACCACCCGCUUGUGCGGCGGCCACCAGCACAAGUUGCAGAGGGCGAGCAAGCAGCGAACAAGCAUUGUGGGCUGGGCUCUCGACUGGUUCCAGAUGUGACGCAGCGUCAGGCAUGGCAUUGGUUCGGGUGCGUUUGCCACCGUCGUACGGGAUAUUCGGCCAGCGAGAUAGAGCAGAGAGAAGCCGAGAUGAAAUUCUCAAGGACUAUCGAGCCUUGCGAUGAUGAGUGUUUGAAAGGCUCCUUGUGUAGCUGUGAACUCCAGAGAGCCACGCCGCAUAGUACUGAGUGUUUCAUCGGCAUCAUGGGCUGGCUUCUGGCGUGUCGUCAAGCUUAUACGGACGGUGUCGACGUUCUCUAUAGCACCAGCACAUUCCACUUCUCGGACUUGGACCUUCUACAAAAUCUGCCGCUUCUCCUUCCGCAGCAACACUUAAGCAGAAUAAAGUCCGUUGAAAUGCUUUUGAACUUCGACGUCGAUCGUCCCAAUAGCCGGUUCGUUGAUGGUUUCAAGUCGCUCUGGGACGAUCCCACGAGGCAAGACACCCCUUUGCACAAAUUUUGUGCCAUGAUUCCACAGUCCUUCACUCACGUCCAGAGUCUCUACAUCUCGUUUCAGAGUUGGCUUCAACCCUCGAGAAGGGGCGCACAAGAUGACGUUAUCUCGGAAGUUGAGAGAAUCAUCUUGGGUCCUGUGGAAGAUAUGUUACGAUUGCUAGACCCGCGGGCGGGCAAGGAAUUCAACGUAGCCAUACAAACGGGGGCGUGGCGCAUAUUGCUGAAUAAGUACAGCAAACUGUACGGGUCUCGGCUGAGAGUGGAAUCGGAGGACGGACUGAUGCGUGGCCGGUUCUGGAAGUCACUUGAUCUUUCCGAUAGCCAAAAGGGUGAUGAUCUCGACAACUUCGGCUACUGGAUUUGUGGUGGGUGGAAUGACAUAGAGUUUCUAGGACCUCAAGAUUAUUGGCUACUAACCAACUGGGGCGACACGUGGACUGAGGUUGGUACUACAUUUUGA